AUGGGCUCCUACACGUUCAAGUGGGAGGGCCCGGCCACCGACGUCUAUGUCACCGGCACUUUCGAUGACUGGGCCAAGACGGUCCAGCUAGACCACAAGGAUGGCCGCUUCGAGAAGACGGUGCCGCUCCCCAAGAAUGACGAAAAGGUGCUUUAUAAGUUUGUCGUCGACGGCAAUUGGACCACCAGCACACAGGCCCCUCAGGAAGACGACGGCCACGGAAUCUACAACAACGUCCUCCUCCCCGCCGACUUUCUUUCCUCCCCAUCCGCACACAUCAUGUCUUCCGCCGCCCCCGAUUCCACCACCGCCCAGCUCGCCGGCGAACAGCCCAAGGAGACGCCCAAGCUCGACGACGUCCCCGGCGCCUUCAUCGAGACCCCCGCCAACGAGCUGCAGUCCUUUUCCGUGAACCCUAUUCCUGCCUCCAAUGGCGACGCAAACCCCGUGAAGCUUGCUCCCGGCGAGCCCGUCCCCGACCCGAGCACCAUCCACGACAACACCGUCGAGUCGACCGUCCAGGACGACGCCGAGCUCAAGGCCCAGCACGAGGAGACGGAGCAGGCCUUCGGCGUGAACCCGCUGCCUGCCUCCAACACUGCCGGCAACCCAAUUCAGCUUGCCCCGGGCGAGCCCGUCCCCGAGCCCGAGACCAUCUCUGCCAACAACAUCAACAGCAAUGUCACGCUGGACAAGGAGUCGUAUGAGAAGGGCGAGUCGCUUCCGCCGCAGCUUGGCCCCGUCGUCACUCCUGACGCCGAGCGUGGCGCCGCCAUGUUCGAUAUCCCCGGUAUCACCUCCACCACCAUCCCCGAGUCGAGCCUCCCCAUGGGCUCUGGCCCGAGCGCUGCCGCUGCCGAUCCUGGUGUGACCGUUCAGUCUGCCCACCCUGAGAGCACCACCGCUGCUCUCGCUGGCGAGGUUCCCAAGGAGCCGCGCGGCGUCCCCGAGGUCGUCUCAGAGAGCCAGGCUGAAGCCGGAGCUGCUCCCGAAGCCUCCGCGAACCCGGUCGCUGUCGAGGAGAAGGCUGAGACGGAGAAGGAGCUUCUUGACAAGGUUCCCGAGCAGCCCGCUACCUCUGAGGACUCAACCGCCGCUAACAUCGCCGGCGCUGUCGCUGGUGGUGUCGCAGCUGCCGGUGCCGCCGCGCUGGGCGCUGCCGUCGUUGCGAAGGACAAGGCCUCGGAAGCUGUUGGCGCCGCCACUACGAGCGAGUCGGCCCCUGAAGAAGUACCCCAGGUUGUCAGCGAGUCCAUUGAGGCUGCUCACGCCAGCCCCGAGGCCGCCGCAAACCCUGAGGCUGUGGCCGACAAGGCCGAUGUCGAAGAGGAACUUCUCAAGAAGGUGCCCGAGUCGGAGGCCACUGGUCAGUCCGCUGAAGAGAAGGACGUGCCCCCUGCGGUUUUCAGCUCCAUCGAGAAGUCCGGAGAGAGCCCUGAGGCCGCUGCAAACCCCGAGGCCGUGGCCGAGAAGGCUGAGGUUGAAGAGGAGCUCCUCAAGAAGGUCCCUGAGGCCGAAGCUAACGGAACUGCUUCCGUCCCUGACGUCGUCAAGGAGUCGAUUGCCCAGGCCGAUGAGAGCCCCGAGGCUGCCGCCAACCCUGAGGCGGUCCAGGCAAAGUCUGCCGUUGAGAGCGAGCUGAAGGAAGAGGUCAAGGCCACGGAUGAAGUCGCCGAUGUUGCGCCCACUGAGGCCGCAGCUCUCUCCGCGACGGCUCCUGCUGCCACGACUGAAAACGAUAUUAACCCCAAGGCGCUGUCUCCCGAUGAGCCUCUGAAGUCGUCCAGCGAGCCCGAAGUCCCCGCAACCUCUCUCAGCGUGCCUCCGGGAUCUGAUGCAAAGGUGGACGAGGUUCCCAGCGACCUCAACGCUCCUGCCGACAAGCCUGCGCAGACCGAGGUGAGCAGCGAUGUCAGCCCCACGGCAGAACCUGCUGCUCCUACCACCACCGAGCAGACCGAGCCCACCGUCACCACGGGCACUGAGACCACUGCUGUGCCCGCAACUUCGGAGCCCACCGGCGCCGAGAACGACCAGAAGCCCCCGGCCACUCCCGCCAAGUCUGACAAGGACAAGACGCCUGACACGCCUGCUUCCUCCGGCUCUGACAAGAAGGCCAAGAGACGUAGCUUCUGGGGCAAGCUGAAGGACAAGUUCACUGGAGGUGGCCACAAGGAGCCAGCUCCUCAGAAGGAGCAGACCCUUCAACCCCAAACGGAGCAGACUCCUCAGGCCUCUUCCUAA